AUGGAGAGGUUACCGACGAAGUGCGCGUUGGCAAGACGGAAUGUGCCGGUUCCGAAUCUAAUGUGCGUUUUAUGUGGCGAUUACGAAGAGUCAUGUGAUCACUUAUUCGUGUCAUGUCAUUUCGCACAAUCGGCUUGGCAAAAUCUUGCAGAUUGGUGCAGAAUUCCACCGAUAAUCGCGUUUGGCAUGAAGGACCUACUUACAAUACACGGUUCAAACCCGGGCUCGAGGAGAAAGAAAGUUAUUCAUGUUGUGAUUCUAGUAGCUUUUUGGAGUAUAUGGAAGAUACGAAAUGAUGUAGUAUACAGACAUGCGGUCCCGAAUUUUACGCGUACACUUGAUGAGAUAAAACCAAUGGCGUAUCUAUGGAUUAAAAAUCAGUCAAAAGUAGCGGCGUUAACAUGGGAGGAUUGGAGUCGUUUUAAUUUAGGAGUUAUGUAA